AUUGAUGUCAAGAAUUUAGUCAUACAUUUAAAGGAACAAAAAAAAAUGCAAAAUUUAAAUUCAAAUUUCUUUUUCUUGUUCAUCGUUCUCUCUGUUUCAUCCACAGUCAGAAACUUAUUAAAAUACAUAAUGAAUAUUUUGAUUUUGUUGAGGCAUUCAGGAAUCUAGAAAAGCGAAGUUAGAUAUGAAUAAUACAAAAGUGAAAAAAUAGAUGAUACAAAUAGAACGAAAGUGAAGGCGAAACAAUUGUACAAAGAUAAAGUUACUCUAGUGCGGCUGUAAUGACAAUAUACAAAAUACAUAACUUCAAUUUUUUAGUUAAAAGAUCUGAUUAAAAAAGGCAUGCGACACAUAUUUUUAUGCUUUAAUCAUUACUUUUUCAUUCUUUAAUUUUUGUACAAAUCUAUAUAUAUAUAUGUCAUGAUACAUUAUUGGUUAGAGCUUGAUACAUGAGGAUGAUUGGCAUCCACGCAUUAUUUAACAAGAGCUAUUUUGUCUCUCCUCCAACCAUUGUUAAAGAAAUAUAUUCAAUUUUCGUUAUGCAACGAUUUGCAUGUCUCUACCACAUUUAACUUAUUAUUAUUUGCAAUAGUUCUUUUGUUGUGGCAUUCUUUUUUCUAAUUCUACAAAAUAAUAUAUAAACGUAAAAUAAAGAUUAUUUACAUUCUUAACGAUCUUAUUAACCCCUAAAUUUAAUUGUCAAAGAUUGCACAGCUUUUUGGUUGAAUUAAGAUUGAUGAUAUUGCACAAGUCAACUUGUAUGGGUUGCGACAAAGAAGAAAAAUAUUAAAGUGCAAAAAAUAAUCAUAAAAUAUAAAAAAUAUGAAUUAAAGUAAAAAAAAAAAAAGGAAAAAAAAUAAAUAUAAACAAGUCCUUGAUGUAUAAGGAAAAGGAAUAGUUUUAAGUAUAUGUAAUUACUAUAGUAACAGUUUGACCGCGUUACUUUCUUUCUUAUAAAUAAAGCCAGCCCUAUUCGUCCCUCUUCUCUGUAUUCACCAGAAAUUUCGAAUUCUUCCUCAAUUUCGCUAUGUCUGUCAUGAUUGUAACAAGUUUGGGGGAUAUGGUAAUUGAUUUGUUUACCGAUGAAUGUCCUUUGACAUGCAAAAAUUUUCUUAAAUUAUGCAAGAUAAAAUACUAUCAUAAUUGUCUAUUACAUACCGUUCGGAAGAACUUCACCAUGCAAACGGGAGAUCCAACUGGAACAGGAUCCGGAGGAGAUUCGAUAUACAAAUUUCUAUACGGGAGUCAAGCUCGUUUUUUUGGAGAUGAGAUUCAUCCACGCCUGAAGCAUUCAAAGAAGGGAACGGUUGCCAUGUCUAGCACUGGUAUUGGUGAGAAGAAUCUAAAUGCUUCCCAGUUUUAUAUCACGUUACGUGAUGAUCUAGACUCACUUGAUGGACAGCAUACUGUUUUCGGAGAGAUUACAGAAGGGUUUGACACGCUAAAUAGGAUCAAUGAAGCUUAUGUCGAUGACAAGGGCAAGCCUCAUCAAAAUAUACGAAUCAAACACACUUACCUAUUGUAUGAUCCUUUCGAUGAUCCUUCCCAGUUAGAAGACUUGAUUCCAGAUGCUUCACCUGAAAGAAAGCCGGAAGAUGAGAUUGAUGAUGAUGAUGAUGUUCGACUAGAGGAUGAUUGGACGCCAAAGGAUGAGGAAUUAGGUGUUGGUGAAGAGAAGGAAGCACACUCCCGAGCAGUAAUACUUGAAAGUGUAGGAGACAUUCCUGAUGCUGAGAUGAAACCCCCUGAGAAUGUGCUCUUUGUUUGUAAAUUAAAUCCCUCAACUGAAGAGGAAGCACUCUAUAUAAUCUUCUCAUGCUUUGGAACCGUGACAUCUGUUGAAAUUAUCAGAGAUCACAAGACUGGGGAUAGCCAUUGUUAUGCUUUUAUCGAGUUCGAGGACAAGGAGUCAUGCGAGCAAGCAUAUUUUAAGAUGGAUAAUACUAAAAUUGAUGAUCGAAGGAUACGAGUUGAUUUUAGUCAGAGUGUAGCAAAGUUAUGGUCCCAAUAUCGACCUAGAACUCAAAGAGGCAGUGGUGUUGAUGCCUUCAAAGAAGACAAGAAGCAGCAUGGUGGACAUUGCAACUCAAAGUACACUAAAUUUCUGAAAACAAGAAAAGAGACAAGAAAUCACAAAGAAAGAAAACACCGGCAAAUAACAAAGAAGACACGUUAAGUAAGGCUGGUCAAAUAGAUCCAGUUAUGAGCCUAUAACAAUGUGUAAUCAGUUGAAAUUAGAUUCUAUCCUUCUUUUUAUUUAUUUAGAACAGUUAAGAAA